AUGGGCGAAACUUCGCGUAAUCAAUCAUGUAUGAACUUUCUCAAACCUCAAGAUGGAUAUCCAAUUGAACGGAAAGUAACCGAUGUUUCAGGUCGAUUAGGUUCACUUUAUGACGCUUCAACAGAUAAUUUAAUUGAUCGACAUUCUGUUCAAAGAGUUCAAAGAAAAAUACCACGUAAACGUACUAUAUGUCGACUGUUUUCAGGUGAUCAAUCGAGAGAACUCAUUAGUUUUCUACGAGAUAUCGAUUUUAAUGAUGCACUUCGACAAAGUAUUUCUCUUCAAAUGGUUACACCAUCAGGCACUAGCCGUCUUAUUGAAUAUAAUCAACCUAUUGAUGAGAGAACUCGUUUUCUAUAUUAUGCUUAUAGAGCUAGAAAAGAAAAAUUAAAUGUUAAAGCUCGAAAAGCUGAUAGAAUUAUUGGAGCACCAUUAAAUCCAACUGAGGCAACUCAUAUGAUAACGAAAAUCUUAUGGGGCAUAGAAAUUUUAUGUAUUAUACAAAUUCCAAAUAAUCAAUCGGUUAAUGAAAUCGAUCAAUUACUUCGUUAUAUUUGUGAUCAACUUAAAAAUAAUCAAAACCCAAUUCAACUUAAUAAUACUGAUCGACGUCUCAUUAAUCAAUUGACUAAUAUUACUAUAUUUGGAUCUGAAACAUGUGUUGAUCAACCGAAUACAUCAAUAUUAACUGUUCUCAAUAGAAUACAAGAUUGGCAAAAUAAUACGAAUUUUCAUCAACCACUUAUAUAUACAAUGCAACCAUUAAGAUGGCUUUAUAAUAGUCCACAAUUUUCAGAACCAUGUUAUUUGCCUAGUCCAACUAAUCCUCAUAUUGCACGAGUCGAAAUGGUAAUUAAUCGUAUAAAAAAUCAGAUAAAAGAUCUUUCAGAAUUCUUUCAAAAUUUUCCGACAAAUUUUUCAAGUGCAACACUACAUCAACGUUUAAAAGAUUUUCAACAACAAUAUCGUUUUUUAUUAGAUUCACAAGAUAAUCUUCAAGAACGUCUUAAAAGAACACUUGUAGAUGUUCGUCGACAACGUGUUAAACCAACCGUAUUAGACCAUAUUAUUGCUGAUCAACGUUAUGAAUGUUUACGUAAAACUGAAAUAGAAAAAUUUCGAACUAGUGUUGAACAAUUAUUCAACAAAUCGAUAUUAAUCAGAACCUUAAAGGACAAUCAAAUUGAAUAUGUCAAUGCAUUCGAUAUUCGUUCUAAUCAAACACUACCAACGACAAUUGAUGAUAUUGAUGCUAUACUUAAACGUGCUUACUCUAAUGAAAAUGUUCUUGUAAUUCUUUGGUAUUCAAGUGAUCGUUUACGUCGUAUACAACAGGAUAGAUGGCAACAAAUAUAUCAAGAAUUAACUUCGGAACGUCAAAAUGUAGCACAACGAAUAAAUUUAGUCUAUGUUGAUUUCACUUACUUUGAACAAAGAUUAGAAAGUUUUAUCAUUGUGAAAUUAUCAUUGACAGGAACACCGAUAUAUCAGCGAGAUCCUACACCAGAAAUAGAACAUCAACCAUCACGUACUGUUCCAUCUUCACCACCCACAAAGAAAAGAGCUAUAUCAACAUCUCCACCAAUAAGAUCACCAUCUCCAUCGAUAAGACCACCAUCUUCACUAAUAAGAUCACCCUCUCCAUCAAUAAGACCGCCAUCUUCACUAAUAAGAUCACCAUCUAGAUCUUCAUCACCACCGAUUGAAAUUAAUGUACUACUCUUGGGAGAAACCGGUGUUGGAAAAUCUACAUUCAUUAAUGCAUUUGUUAAUUACUUAAAAUUUGAUAAUCUUCAACAAGCUGAACGAGGUGAACCAGUUGUAUUAAUUCCAGUUUCAUUUCUUAUUACUGUUGGUAAUCAAUUUGAAGAAUUUAUUGUCAAAUUUGGUAAUAUUGAUUCAAAUGAAAAUCAUGAACAUCAAGGUCAAUCAGUAACACAACAAUGUAGAUCAUAUGUAUUCGAUUUGAAUGAUAGAUUACGUUUACGUUUAAUUGAUACACCUGGUAUUGGUGAUACACGAGGAAUUAAUCAAGAUAUAAAAAAUAUUGAUCAUAUAUUGAAUUAUAUUAAUAAUUUAUCUCAUUUAAAUGCUAUUUGUUUAUUACUUAAACCAAAUGCUUCUCGAUUAAAUAUUUUUUUUCGUUCAUGUAUUAAUCAAUUAUUAACUUAUUUAACACCGAUUGGUUAUAAUAAUAUAAUUUUUUGUUUUACAAAUGCUCGUGCAACAUUUUAUGCACCAGGUGAUACUGGUCCAUUACUUCGUAAAAUGCUCAAUGAUCAACAUCUUAAUGAUAUUCCAUUUAAAAAAGAAAAUACAUUUUGUUUUGAUAGUGAAUCAUUUCGAUAUUUAGCUGCAAGAAAAUGUGGUAUUGAUUUUGAUGAUUAUCAAAGACAAGAAUAUAUUAGUAGUUGGAAUACAUCAGUAACUGAAUCAAUUCGUUUACUUAAUUUUAUUCAAAGAUGUCAACCAUACUAUGCAGACGAAUGGAUAUCUCCAAGAAAAACUACUCUUGAUAUAUGUAUGCUUGCUCGACCUCUCAUGGAAACAUUACGAUUAAUAAUUUAUAAUUCGAAAUUAAACGACGUUAGAUUAAAUGCUAAUCAAAUUAUAUUAAAUUCAAAUCCAAUUGAUAUUGACAUGUGUACUCAUUGUGCACAAAUUAAUCUUGUCGACCUAGGUCCAUUUUGGUUAACUCAAUAUCAACCACCUAUUGUGAAAACUAAUGCAAAUCAACAUCGUCAUUGUCCAACAAAUGGAAGACAUUUUUUUAUUGAAUGUCUAACAACAUAUGGAUUUAUGGCACAAUCAGCCGGUCUUAAAAAUGAACGAUGGCAAAGUUCAUUUCGUAAUUUUCUAUAUAAAUGUGAUAGACUUCAUCAUUUUUUACGACAACAAGGACCAUCAACUGAAGAUGAUCCAUUUUUACCUAUACUCGAACGAUUUCUUGAUGAAGAACAACAAAUUUCUCAGAUUCGUAAUAUAAAUUCUGAUAUGAAUAGACGAGUACGUGAAGUAUUAAAUACAAUAAAAAGAAUUCGUCAAGAAAAUAGUCAAAAAUUAUUUGGAUCAAAUGAAAGACUUUCACUUAAUCAAGUCUAUCAAAUAAUCAAUGAAUUAAUAGCUAUACCAACGGUUAGAAAACAAGUCGAUAAUAUCAAAAGAAGUCGUCAAUUAAGAAUGAAACAAAAUGAAUAUAUAAUACCAACAAAUUCAAUCAAAAACAGAAUAUUCACUUAA